AUGCUCCAACAACUCCUCCUCAACCUCAAUCGCACUCUUAUCUCUAUCAAUCAGAAGAAUCAAUCACCCGGCGACACAGCACCCGUCGAGGGCAAACUCGACGAGAACAGUUUACGAGCUGUCAUACAAGAAAUGACAACGGAUACGUGUCGAAGCCUCCCCUUUUCUUUAUCAGACGUCGACACCCUCGGACGACCUACGAAUCCCAAGGAUAACUCGAGGUCGAUCCGUGCCGCACAGGGCUACGGCCUGCUCUGGCCGUUGUGGUAUAUAUUGUCUUGCGGGAUGCCGACCCCGACGCAGGUCCAACAGAUUCGCACCGUGCUUUCGCGGAUUGGAUCCUCGCUCGGUAUUAAGUUAGCGCUUAUUCUGGCGCGUGAAGCGGAGCGGAUGCAUGCAGACCCUCAGUCCUCUGGAACGCCCGUGGUUGGCUCCUAA